UUCGUCAUGACGCUCUUUGCUGCCACGGGGGGGAGUCUCAUCCUGGGCUACACUCGCUCCCGCAAAGUGGACAAGCGCAGCGACCCGUACCACGUCUACAUCAAGAACAGGGUGUCCAUGAUCUGA